UUCCGUCGGCGCGUUCGGGGGAAGGUAAGCGCGGCGUGGCUUAGCCAAUCAGGCUGACCGAGUCGGACGCGGCUCUGAAGCGACGCCGGGCUCCUGCGCUAGCCUCCAGGGGAGCGUGCGGAGCGCCGCACUUUCCCGACUUCGCUCUCGGUUUAAAAAAAAAAAUAUUAAAAAAAGACGGUUAUCAUUAAAAAACCGAGCUGAGCCGGGGUCUUCUCCUGUCACAUCACAUUCAGCCAGGCUCCGCGGCAGAGGGGAACGAGAGAAAAGAGAGAGAGAGAGAGGGGGAAGAGAGCGGAGAGAGAGAGAGAGAGAGAGAGAGGGAACGAGCGACAGAGAGAAGGACAAACGAUCCAGGAAAGAGGCCUCUUCGAAUUCAGGGCUCCGUCUCUGAAAGCGAAGGUAGGAGUGUAUAUGAACAUCCGCCGCCUCAUAUCACUGCUUCCAGUUCAGCUUAUUCCUGGGGUCAAAUUUAGCAAACUAUGAGGGAACAGUGUUCAGACUCUGAAGACGAAGAAUAGCUAACCGCAACGCUAGUUCCUGGCUAAAUGUGUUUUGUAUAGCUAUACAGAGCUGCAUACUUUGCAAUGGAUACAUAUUAAUAUUUGGGACCGUGACAUUGAUAUUAAUAUACAGAACAUAUUUUUCUAUACAGCUUACUUCAUUUAACCUUCAAGGAAAAAAAAAAAACAACCUGUUGACUAAGGUUUCAUUCAUGUGAAUGUGUUUGCACAUGCACGGUUGCUGCAUUUCAAAAAAUGGCACAACCACCAACCCCCCCCCACAUUAACAAAGCCUAAACAUUUUAGCGUAGUUUUUGUCGUUUGUUUGGCCUGGGUUCCUUUGAAGCCGCAUGUACAGACCGAACCGAUGAUCGACAUUAUGACGAGCGGCACUCACGGCGUGCGCUGAACGUCGAAGAAAUACUGUGCUUUUAAAUCCUCUGUAUUAGCGCAUCGGCUCAUAAAUUAGACGAUUUGUCUGUUGGAACAUUGGGCUGGUUGACACCCCUUAUAGUUUUAUAAAGUCACACGGACAACCAGGAGGUUGAUAAAGCAACGUGGCUGUACGAGUUGAAAUGGCACAUUACCUAUGAUGAAACGGAAUUAUACGAGCUGCCAAAUCGGUAGAUAACCUUCCCUUACCGUUUUACAGACUCGACCGACGAAGCUAUUGUAUUCUAGCUAUUAUGGGACAUGGCGCUAUCAAAGGCUUUGUUUAAUUUGCUUUCAAAGGCAGGGAAUCGCGAAGCUCUCGGGCCGUGAAACGUGACGUAUAACCCAGGUGGAAAUUAAUAGAGCCUUGGGUCAUGGUGGAGAGGCCAUGUUUAUUAAACGUGUCUCAUCUGAAAUUGUUCAGGAAGGAUAUUUAGGUUGCGGGUUGCCAGUUUACGAGGUAGUUCUUUAUCACUAGUUGUCAUCGGUUGACAUAUGUGGCCUCGCGUAGGUUUGGGGGAUGCCACGUAAAAUGCUUUAUUUCUUAAUUUAUUAAUAUUGAAGAAAAUUUCAGAGAGGAGGGUUUAAUACAAACAUUUUUGGAGCUAUGAAACAAAACAUUCCAUAUGAAAUAUUUUGUCAACGUAAAGAUGAAUGUACACUUUGCUAAGAGUGGGACGCAAAGUUGGAAAAGCUGUCUUGUAUUUCUUAAAAACAUCCUUAAAGAUAUUUAGGCAUAGGUUGCCAGUUUACAGGAAGUGAAGUACCUCCUAGUGUCAGUUAAGUAUUAGACCCUGUGGGGAAAUGAGAUUGUCACUGGAAAUGUAUUGUCUUUAAAUCUCUUCAUCUCUAAAUAUUAGAGAUCAAUUUUAUAGAGAGGGAUUUUGCUGAAAUAACAUGCAGCUAUGUAACGAAGCAUUCAGUAUGAAAUAUUGUGUAUGUAUUGUGAUUUUAGAAUGCACUUUGGCAAAGGGAGGAUUCUCAGAACAUGGCAACCUGCAGUGUUGUUUUGUCUUUUCUUUAAAUGACCAACGGAAACAUGUUUAUUUGUGGUGGACAGGUGCACUUUUCCUACGUGAAACUAUUGUAAUUGCAAAUAUAAAGUGUCUGUACAGUUUAUGACAAAUUAGUGAAAAAAUAUACAAAAUAUGAGUGAUGUAUAGUAAAUUUGAUUCUUGUUGCUAUGUAUGUUUUACUAGAAUUUAUCUUUAUAUAAAACUACCUAUAUUCAUGAGAUUCUAUCACUUGAAUAUGUAAAUGGACAAAAUAAACACCAGUUAUCUUGCAGAAUUGUUGUUUUAUUGCACAUUGGACACAUUGAAUAGAUGUAUUGGAAAUAAGACAGAUACUUGAGUGUGUAAAAAUUGAGCUCCAUUGAGCUUAGACUUCACUGCACUGCCCCCUGGAGGCUGCAAACCAGAUUUUUGAUAGAAAAUUAUUUCGAGGCCCAAAGCGAGUGAGAUUGUGUGAUUUUCUGUCAGGGAACUCCGACAGCCCCGCCUCCAUCCCGCACUGGACCCCCUCUCUGGAGCGUCCCAUCAGAGGUCCCCUCGCCCGCCCACCCCACAGUCAGUCACAGGUCAGCUCACCUGGCACACUUCACAACAACAGACCGUCCAUACGGAAUUCACCACUGCUGGACAUGGCAGAAUCCUUUAUACCCGGACCAAUGUAUUUUUUUGACCAGCAAACGAGUAGACAACGGCGUGCACGGACAAGGAAAUCUGACAAAUCACGUAAGAAUGGCUUAAUCAACCCGCAACUGGAGUCAAAUAAAAAGGGCACGCUUGCGAAGUCGGUUUCAGAUGGUGAAUCCGCCGGGGAUGACGAUCUGUCUGGAGAAAGCGCUGGGAAAAGCGAAAAGAAGGGAAGAAGCGAUGCUUUGCUGGAGACGAAUGACCAUGGCAACAGCAAUGAUGAUGAGAGAUGUGCUGAAGCUCAACCCGCUGCCCUGCAGGAGGAGAUGUGUGGAGAGAUAAGCCUUUUGGAAGAGUACCGACAAGCAGCUCCACGGCUGCUCCUGGAACUGGAGCAACUGCUCCGGCUGUGCGAGGGGCGCGAGGAAGGUUUCUUUCCUCGAGGGCUCGGGAACGUGCUGAAUUACACCUGGCGCGAGCUGACUGAUGGAGCCGUUUAUUUUACUAAACGGCAAAUGCAGCCCUCCCUACACAAAAUAAUAAAACAUCGCAAACCGAAGGGCUCAGUCACUUCUGAUAGACUGUCUGUGGAUACCCUUCGAGAGAAGACUAUAAAUACAAAGAAGAAAUUUAGAAAGAAAACCAAUGUGGAAGAAAAGUUACCCCAAGAAUCCACUAACUUGCGAAAUAAAUCGACUGUGCCCAAUGGACAUAAACCUCUUGUGUCCCAUUUGCCCACGACCAUCAGCUUUUCCAUCUCAUCGGAGGUCUGCCAUGAGCAAGGCUGGGUCGUGCAGCCGGAGGACCUGCCCCUGCCAGGUGACCCUCAGUGGACGGCUGUGUGUCGCUGGGCGGUGGAGAGGCUGCGGCUGGCUCAGAUCCCCAUAAAAGAGCAGGAGGCCGAGCUGGCCGAGCGGGGGUUCACCCACCCGCUACUCCUCCGCCAUUACGGAGACGGUAAGAGGGACUGCGCGGGCGGGCGGCGGCGAGGGGGCGUGGCCUGUCCCUUCCCCUCGCGCCGCGGGCCUUCGGUCCCUGAGCCCCGGCAGGAGGAGCCGGCCCCGCAGAAGCUGCACUACAGGAUCAACGACGGCACGUCCUUCCUGUACUACCCAUCGGGGCACGUGGCGGUGUGCCAGAGCCACUCUGGCCUGCCCUGCGGCGGCUUCUACACCAUCGUGUUCGGCGACGCGCCCAAAGGCUCUGUCCUGGCCACCUUCACGCCGUUCGGACACGCCACCAUCACCCAUCCAAUCAGCGGCACAGUGACAGUGUGGGACCAGCGCGGGGGCGUGGCUUACGACCCCAGUGGCGCGGUGACUCGGGAGUGGACCUGGUCCCCCGACGCCAGGCAGAACAAGCCGAUCGCGGUAGAGGUGACGGAGAUGAUCUCGGUGCGGGCUUGGAGUGUGACCUCGGCUUUUCUCCGGUUCAGAGCUGACCAGGAGAGGAUCCAGCUGCCAGUCUCAUCUCUGCCAAGCGCGGCUCCUCCCACAAACCUGGAGGAAGUGAGGUCAUCGGGCGCGGCCCUGGAGCCGAGCGCCGAGGAGGCGGAGCCGGGGAGAAGGGGGCGGGCAGACCAGGACCUGAGGAGGCUCCGGCGAACAGUCCGGAACAUUCUGGAGGACUGGCUGGAGCACUAUCGACAGGCCACGGGGAUCGGCCGUCCGGCUGCGCUCAAAGCGAAGGACAGGCCAGCUCGCUCCGCCCACGGCAAGCGCAAGGGCCAAUCGGCUGCCCCGCCCGCCCUGGGCCUGGUGGAGCUGGAGGAGGCCGGCCCCGUCCAGCCACCAGGGGACAGCGCAGAGCAGCCUGCCACGGCCAGGAUGGAGAGCCCCGCUCGCAGACAGGACAAAGAGCAGCUGCUGCACGUCGCUGAGACCGGAGUGCUGAGAGUCCACAGCAACGUCAGACUGGAUCCUGUGGCCUUCCUGAGGGGCCCAGAGACGGGCCGUCCCGCCGCAGUGCCCCCCAGCCCCUGUCCCGUUGUGACGCGGGCCGCCCUGCAGGGGCAGGAGGGGCAGCAGCAGCAGUGCCGCUGCAGUAACAGGAGGACGCCCCUGCUGACGGACCUGGAGUACGACGCCUUCGUGGGGGGCCAGCCGUCCCGCGCCGAGCAGGUCCUGGUGGUGUGUGUCACUCCCGUGGCCCCGCCCACCGGGGACGCCCUGGACCUGCUGUACAGGGCCAAGAACAAGAACAGGAGCAUGCCCUGCACACAGUGUCACCUGGACUCCUUCCGUCUGGUGAGGUACGAGCUUCCCACAGCCGACUCCCCCUCCGCUACCCACAAUGCCUUGCUGCAGCAGAGAAACAACGUCGCCCCGGGGAUGUUCCUGAUGUACGCGGGAGGCAGGCUGCUGUUCGCGGACCACAUCUUCAACGGGUACAGCUGCUCCGCCCGGGACCUGCACAAGCAGAUCGCCAAAACGCGGGAGGCCCACCGCCGCGGACUGAGCCUGCCUUCCGACUUCCGCUUCAGUCCUCCAGAGGGGGCGCUCAUGGAGGAGGGGGGCUCCACCACCACCCCCCAGGGACCGAGAGGAAAAAGCGCCAAGGGGGCCGAGCGCCGUACCCCUCAAACACUCCUCCUGUCCCGGAAAAGGAUCCCCCAAACCUAUGACAGGGCACCAGCAGCUCAGGAUUCAGUCGCUUCUCUCACCCUGAGGAGGAGCCUGCAGCAGCAGGCCAAGAGGACGCUCCCAGUCACCUUCCCCAUCUUACCCACAGAGCAGAGCCCACAGAGGGCCGAACCCCGAACUUUAGCCCCAGGCUGUGUCUCUGGCCUCUGAGCCCGAUACCCUUUCCAAUAACCCCCUCACCCCUCUGUACCCCAGAAUAACAGCCAGGUUUUGGGGUCCUUGGGUAACAGGCCUGGUGGCUGAAUGAAAGGGAACACAGCUGUUUUUUAAAUGGUAGUUUAUUUCCCAAAUCAAAAGUAAGAAUAACGAUCGAGAGGGGGGCGGAAAAUGUGAAUCAAAGGACAAGGCCAUCGUGGUGCGGCUGAGGCACAAGGCGCGCCGUGAUUGGCGCUCCCGAGAAUGAUUGGCAGUUUCCAAAAAAAACCAAUCGAAUUUGCGGUACACAAAUGGGCGUGACUGGGAAGGAACCGCGAGGUGUGUGCAGCUACAAAAGACAUCAUUUCUGAUGGCUCGUUCCCUCGUCCUCCUCACGCUGAGACGAAGUGACCGAUCGACGACAGUUUCACGACUGAAAAGAUUUCGUACGUCUGCGUGAAAAAAGCUCUCACGAUUGAACCAAAAAAAAAAAGCGGCGUUCAGUCUCAUGUCUUCCUGUCCUUCUCUGCGCGUAAAUAAAGUAACAGACUUCGUUAAAACACUUUUGGUUACAGUUACAAGAAUUACGGGCCGGUACCGACGUCAGGGAUCCGUGACGUCGCCCAUCGCCAUGGAAACGGGCGUGACUCAGGCCAUCACGCUGGCAGUCGGCGUUUGCCGCGUCUUUGAAGUUCCGGCUUCCUCAAAAGCCGAAUUUUUUUUUUUUUUUUUUCCAUUGAGAAAUCUUCCGCGUGCCCACGAAGCAUUUGCCGGACGCCAACAAAAGAGAAAACAGAGAAAUCGCCUGGGUAACGAGGCGCUCGAAAUAAACUUCCCAUCCUGCAGAAGUUUUUUUUUUUUUUUUUUUUUUUUUU